AUUGCUGUGAUAUCUUCAAAAUACAACAGUGGUAAAUUUUUAAUACAUAUUUUUUUUAGCUAAAAUGUCGAUUGUUAUCGACUGCCAAUGGUCAGAACCAUUGACAAACACUCCAACAGAUAUAGAAGCAGCAGAUAGACUGAGGCAAUUUGAGUGCGGCUUGUAUUUUCAUCCGAUUUAUGUUGGCGAUUGGCCACAAGUAGUAAAAGAAAGAAUCGCACAACGGAGCCAAUCUCAAGGUUUACCGAAAUCUCGACUACCAAGCUUCUCUCAAGAAGAAAUCGCUUUCAUAAAAGGAACUCAAGAUUAUUUAGGCUUAAACCACUACUUCACAUGUUUAGUAUCAAAUAUCGAAGCUGGAGAAAUAGGAUUUUCCAAUUACGAAUAUGAUAUUGGCGUGAUACGUUCCCUAAGUCCUAAUUGGAGGUUGGAGUCCAAUUCGUGGGCAAUGGUCCCAUAUGGAGUUAGAAGGACUUUAGAUUGGAUAAAUACACAAUAUAAUAAGCCUGAUAUACUUAUAACAGAAAUGGGAAUGGCUGACGACGGCACAUCUAUAAAUGACGAUGAGAGAAUUAAAUUUUUUACGGAUUACACUUGUAAUAUUCUCGAUGCCAUGUACACAGAUGGAGUCACAGUACUUGGUAUGGCAGUCUGGAGUUUAAUGGACAAUUUUGAAUGGGCGUCAGGUUAUACGGCACAUUUUGGUUUAUAUCACAUUGAUUUUUAUAGUGACCCUACGUUAAAACGAGAACCAAAAAAAUCGGUAGGAUUCUUCCGUCAAUUGAUUAAAACAAGAACAUUGCCAUGUAACAGUACUUCAGAGCCUAUUCGUUGGAUACAUAAGCAAAAAUCGAAGAAACAUAAUUCAAAACACAAUUCAAAACAUCAAAAUUCAAAACAUCAUAAUUCAAAACAUCAUAAUUCAAAACAUCAUAAUUCAGAACAUCAUAGUGCAGAACAUCAAAAUUCAAAACAUCAUAAUGCAGAACAUCAAAAUUCAAAACAUCAUAAUUCAGAACAUCAUAAUUCAGAACAUCAUAAUUCAGAACAUCAUAAUUCAGAACAUCAUAAUUCAGAACAUCAUAAUUCAGAACAUCAUAAUUUAGAACAUCAUAAUUCAGACCAUCAUAGGUAAAAGUAUUAAUGCUCACCC